AUGGCACCAAAGGAAGAAAAAUAUCCUUGCCCUUUGAUAGGAAAGGAAGAAAGUUGUGGGUCUUGUGGUUACCCUUUGCAUUUGUCAUCUGUAAAUCGUAUUGCCUCUGGUUCUGGGAUAGGCUCUGAUUAUCAGAAAUCUGUCAAGAAAGGUUUUAUUUCCUUCCUGUCGGUUGAUCUUAGUCGGUUCACGCAGGUUGAUGAGGUAAACUGUUUUCCCGUCUCUUGGGGUCAGCGUUCAAAGACUAAGCUCCUUUGCCGCAAAUGUGGAGUUCAUAUCGGUUAUGGAUAUGGAGACUCAUCUGUUCUUUGCGGUUUUGACUCUCCCACCUUGUCUACUUCAGCUUAUAGAAAGUUUUCUGUGAAAAUUCGAGCUCUGCAGCCCUCUGAAGAUUGA